AUGACCAUUCCAUUUUCUAAAGCUCUAGAACCUAGACAAAGAAAGAAAAAGGAACACAAUGAAGAAAUAAAGAAAAUUUUACAAGAUGUGCAAAUUAGUCUUCCUUUACUCACUGCCAUUGAACAUACUCCUGAAUAUGCUAAAGUUUUGAAAGAAACGUGUACACCAAAAAGGGCACCUAGAGUAGAAUUUUUUUCUAUGUAUGCUAGUGCAUUAUUAUUAAAUCAAUUACCAUAUAAAUUGAGAGAUAUAGGUGCCCCUUUAAUUUCGUGUGAUAUUGGUGGAUCCAUUUUUCAGAAUGCAUUACUUGACACCGGUGCUAGUAUUAAUUUAUUACCUACAAGUAUUUUUGAUAAAUUUAAUAUUUCUGAUCUUAAACCUUCCACUGUUACCUUACAAUUUGCUGAUAGAUCCAUAAAACAUCCUAAAGGUAUUUUAGAAAAUGUGAUAGUGACAGUUAAAGGGUGUAAAUUUCUAGCUGAUUUUGUAGUGUUGGAAAUAGAUUUUAAUGGACAGUUUUAUGAUACACCAAUCAUCUUAGGGAGACCAUUUUUGCAUAGAGCAAAGAUGAAUAUUGAUUUUCUCACAGGUAUUGCGAAAAUUUCAUGUGGAGAUCAAUCAGUAGAAAUUAAAAUUUUUGAGGUACCAAAUGAUCUUAAGAAAUCACAAGUAUAUGAUUGUCAUACCAUAGAUCUUCUAGAUGAUUUUGAUAAUCCAGAUGUUAUUGAUGACUGUGUGCUAGAAGAAUUAGAGGAAAUAGAGAAUAUAAAUUUGGGAGAAAAAAAAGAGGAAGAUCAUCUAAAUUUAGAGUUGAAACCUCUUCCCUCUAGUUUAAAAUAUAUGUUUUUGGAGAAAAAUAAUUCAUUUCCUGUUAUUAUUGCAGCUGAUUUGAGUGAUGAACAAGAAGAAGAAUUAUUAGAUCUACUUUGA